GCCAACUUAACAUCAUUUGUAAGCAAAUUUCUGCAGAGUCUUGAUCGAAAUUCACCGCAUUUAUUUGCUUCUGCCCCAGAAAAAAGUAUUUUAAUAACAGCAACCGCAAAUAGGGCGGCAAAUAGUUAAGUUUAUUCCGUUUAAUAACCUUAAAUACGCCUUGCUUUAGUACUACGUAACAAAAUCUCAUUAUGGAUACCUAUUUGUUCGAUGGCGGUCGCAUUACCAAAAUGGAGGUGGACUAUGAACCUGCCUGCAAUGAGAAAAUACCCAUGGCCAUGGAGUUGGCCAAAAAGAAUCCCGACGCCUUUCAUGAAGCGAUCGAAAUGAUGCUCCAGCUGGAGAAACAAACACGUCUGGGUGCUGACAUGGUAUCAUGCUCACGUGUAUUGGUGGCCAUCUGCCAGAUAUGCCUCCAGGCAGGCAACUGGAAUGCAUUAAAUGAGUACGUCUCGUUGCUCGUGCGUCGCCGCUCGCAACUGAAGCAGGCGGUGGUCAAGAUGAUCCAGGAAUGCUGCACAUAUGUGGAUAAGACGCCCGACAAGGAGACCAAGCUGAAGCUGAUCGAUACAUUGCGUUCCGUAACCGAAGGCAAAAUCUAUGUAGAAAUUGAACGUGCACGUUUAACUAAAAUUUUAGCGGACAUUAAAGAAGCUGACGGAGAUGUGGCAGGUGCAGCUGCGGUCAUGGAAGAGCUGCAAGUAGAAACUUACGGCUCGAUGGACAAGCGUGAGAAGGUCGAGCUGAUAUUGGAGCAAAUGCGUCUGUGUCUGCUAAAAGAGGACUAUGUGUCCACCCAGAUCAUCGCAAAAAAAAUCAGUAUCAAAUUUUUUGAUGAUCCAGCACAACAUGACCUCAAGCUGAAAUUCUAUAAUCUGAUGAUACAACUGAAUCGCGAUACAUCAUUUCUGAAUACCUCGCGUCACUAUCAAGCCAUUGCUGAGCCACCACGUAAAAAGAAGCCAGCAGCUGUGGAGUCAUCCACGAGUGAUGAGAAGAAAAAGGGUGACGAUAAAAAGACAAAGGAGGAGGAUGAUAAAAAAUCAGAAGCUGAUGUGGCUGUAGAACCAGAAAUAGAACUGACAGAUGCACAGAAAAAGGAGCUCACAGACAAGUUGGUCUGCGCUGUGAUCUACUGCGUGCUGGCUCCCUUUGAUAAUGAACAGAGCGAUAUGAUGGCGCACUUAUCAAAGAACAAGAAAUUGGAGGAUGUCCCAGCUUAUAAGGAAAUACUGCGUCUCUUCAUGUCAAAGGAGCUUAUAAACUUCGAUACAUUUAAUGCAGACUUUGGCAUGAUUUUGGCUGAGAACGAAAUGUUCAAGGAUAAUAGCAAACAUGGCAAGAAAUGCAUCACUGAGCUAAAAGAUCGAUUGAUAGAACACAAUAUACGUAUCAUAGCGAUGUAUUACUCACGAUUGCACUUGACGCGCAUGAGUGAGCUGCUGAAUUUACCCACUAAUCGCUGUGAGGAGUAUCUUUCGAAAUUAGCAAACAGUGACACAAUACGCGUGAAGAUUGAUAGACCGGCUGGCAUUAUCUAUUUUACCACAAAGAAGAGUGCUUCGGAUAUAUUAAACAAUUGGGCAACCGAUGUGAAUCAGCUGAUGUCCUUGGUCAACAAAACAUGCCAUUUGAUCAAUAAGGAGGAGUGCGUCUACUCAGUCAUGUGUGCUGUCGAAGAUUAGAAGCAUUUUAGGUUUAUUCUGUUCUUACAACAUCAACCCACAUGCAUACAUUUAUUGUAAUACUAACUAACCAACUACAAAUUCAAUAUUUUGCAAACAUUUGUAUUCAUUGAAUGAACUACAAUAAUUAAAACCAAACUCACCAUUGAAA